AUGAACUUCAACGCCUCUGGCAUUGGCCCCAGCCGGCACAACCAUGGCCAUAGCCCAUCAAACAAGCUUGAACAAUCACUGGCUGCGUCAUCGGAUGCCCGCGAGCUCGAUCGCUUCUUCAACUUUGACACUCCUCAGGCUGGGGCUGAAGUUGGUCACAACCAUGCCAAUUAUCAACUCCCAUGGAUGAUCGGUUCUACUAGUGGGCGGUGGCCCCCCCAAAACGUGCCGCCAAUGGAACUCAGACACGAUCCUUACCGUGAUUAUCAUCACGCAGAACUUCAGCGUCAGUCGUUACUCCCACCGCAGCCUGUCGUGCCAAGCCUCGCGCUGGCUCAGCCGUCAUCAGAUCAUCAUCAUCAUCAUGAUCAGUUCCUGCCCCAGUGGGCUCCGGAUCAACCCCAGAAUCUCCAACUUGCCGAAGUUAUCCAAACCUCCUUCAACGCGGUUUGGCCCAAAGAGUGGCCCUCCCAUGAUCAAGACUUCCAAGUCACACCCAAAAAUACCCAUAUUCCCGGCCCAGUGCCCAACAGUGGGCCAUCAUCGUUGCCGGGGACUGGGCUCACCGCCCAGCCCACUGUGACUCCAAGUCAAAUUUCUAAGGCCCCCCAGCGGGGCCGAUCCAAACGCACUGCUCAAACUAGUAUGCGCGCAUCAUCCCGGCGCCUGAAGGCCAAAAGUGGCGUUGAGUCAGAGGGGGGAGAAAACCUUGUUCAAACUUACAUGUUUGUACCGUCGAACUCCGGAGAUGCUUCGUUGGACUUUCGUGAAGAGAUGAAAUAUUCACUUUUCAAUGAAUCACUCUUACCGACAACAGCCGAAAUUAAAGCUAUGGUACAGACCUCUUGGGAAACUGCAAUCGGCAGGCAGCCAGCGGACCUUCGCGAAUGGGCUGAGAAUUUUCGCACUUCUCUGAAAAAGGGCCUCGUAAACAUAGUCGACUCUGUCAGAAGUGACAUGAAGGAUGUCGCGAGGUUAUUUGUUUAUUUCCGAUAUGACCUACAAAUCUACCAGAUGAACGUCUCGCACCUUAUCAAUCGCAGGAUUCGAGUCUUAUAUUUAACGGAGGAUGAUUCUAGAUUUCUUGAUGUCACGCUAACGAUCGAUGAGCGUACCAUUGUUGUUCUUUUUGGGAACCCAGCCGUCAUGGCAUACAUUGGAUACCUGCUGUACGACAGCAGGUAUCAAUAUCAUCGAUAUAUCGGCAGUUGCUUGACUGAACCAUCGCCCGAUGGUGUAUCCACAAUGACGGUCGAGAAGUUGCGACCGCUGUUCACCAUGACAGGCACUCUCUUUCGCUGGGCCUUAGAAGAGCGGCUGAACGGGCACGGUGAUUGA